UGACGUAUAAUCUAGUGGACGGUUCUUCAGAAACAGCUCGUCAACCACCGCGGUAGCUUUCUAGCCAACAUAGCCGAAAGAUUCAAGCUAUUUAUACGCUUUCGGUGUAUAUUAGCUACUGUGUUUUAGACACACUUCUGUCGUAUCUACUUGUUAACCUAUUUAAUUUAAUAUGACGUUAUUUUUUAUUAGUCAGCUAUAGUAGCUGGCUGGUUAAGUUAGCACUAGCCUAGUUGCUAAUGAUAGCUAGCUAACAUCCCCGACCAUGAGCUCCCUAAACUUCUCCCCUCCUGUUAAAGAAGAAGAGGUCUGCUGGACGGAGAAAGAAGCUCUGGGGCUGAACAUUGUCGUGAAAGAGGAGAAGGAAGAAGACGAUGUCACAGUAAAAAAAGAAGAAAAAGACGUUUCAGUUAAAGAAGAGGAAGACUCGUUCAGAGUGGAAGAAGAGGAAGAUGCAGUUUUUGGAGUGAAGAAGGAAGGGGAAAUUACUGUCACAUUGAAAGACGAAGAGGUGGAGAUAGGAGAUCUGAUUGACACCAGAGAGAGACGUGACUAUCGUGGAUCCUCUGGGGAGCCUCAACAUCAUGAUGCUAACGAGGCAGAGAAGGGUCUCUCCACUUCAGAACACCUCAAGAAACGCCAGCAGAGACCCACAGAUAGGAAAUCUCACUGCUGCUCUGACUGUGGGAAACGUUGCAAAUCUUCAUCAGAACUUAAAAUACACCAGCAAGUACACACAGGAGAGAAAUCUCACCACUGUUUUGAUUGUGGGAAGAGUUACUUAAGAUCAGAAUCACUAAAAGUACACCUGAGAAUUCACACUGGAGAGAAACCUUAUAGCUGUGAUCAAUGUGGGAAGAGUUUUACUCAGUCAAGCUGCCUGAAAACUCACCAGAGAAUUCACACUGGAGAGAAACCUUAUAGCUGUGAUCAAUGUGGGAAGAGUUUUACUCACUCAAGCUGUCUUAUAGUACAUCUGAGAGCACACACAGGAGAGAAACCUUACCACUGCUCUGACUGUGGAAAGAGUUUUGUUAGUUCAACAGAUUUAAAAUCCCACCUGAAAAUACACACAGUAGACAAACCUUAUAACUGUACUCAAUGUGGGAAGAGUUUUAAUCACUCAAGCUGGCUGAUAGUACAUUUGAGAGCACACACAGGAGUGAAACCUUAUAGCUGUAAUCAAUGUGGGAAGAGUUUUGUUACAUCUAGCCAUCUGACUCUACACCAGAGAACACACACAGGAGAGAAAUCUUAUAGCUGUAGUCAAUGUGGGAAGAGUUUUAUUCAGUCAAGCAGCCUGAUAUCACACCAGAGAACACACACAGGAGAGAAACCUUAUAGCUGUAAUCAAUGUGGGAAGAGUUUUACUCAGUCAAGCAGCCUAGUAUCACACCAGAGAACACACACGGGAGAGAAACCUUAUAGCUGUAAUCAAUGUGGGAAGAGUUUUACUCAGUCAAGCAGCCUGGUAUCACACCAGAGAACACACACAGGAGAGAAACUUCAUAGCUGUGAUCAAUGUGACAAGAGAUACUCUGAUAAAAGAUCUCUGAUCAAACAUCAGAAAAUACAUACAUGAAGGAGUUGUUUCCUGAUAUCAAUGAAAUAAUGUCACAAUGUAGAAUGUUUUAACAUUGUAGUAGGAGUAUUUUAGAUGUCACAAUGUAGAAUGUUUUAACAUUGUAGAAGGAGUAUUUUAAUGAUGUCACAAUGUAGAACCCUAAUUAUUUAUCCCCUGUUCUAUGAGCCUCAUCAGUGGAUUUUUUUUGUACUUUUUUGUAUGAUCCUGACUAGUCUGCUAGUCCCUGCCACUGCAAAACUUCCCCGCUGCAUGAUGCUGCCACCCCCAUGCUUCACAGUAGGGAUGGUGCCAGGUUUCUUCCAGAUGUGAAUCUUGGCAUUCAGGCCAAAGAGUUUAAUCUUGGUUUCAUCAGACCAGAGAAUCUUGUUUCUCAUGGUCAGAGUCCUUUCUGUGUUUUUUGGCAAACUCCAAGCAGGCUGUCAUGUGCCUUUUACUGAGGAGUGGUUUCCGUCUGGCCACUCUACCGUAUAGAUCUGAUUGGUGGAGUGCUGCAGAGAUGGUUGUCCUUCUGGAAGGUUCUCCCAUCGACACAGAGGAACUCUGGAGCUUUGUCAGAGUGACCAUCGGGUUCUUGGUCACCUCCCUGACCAAGGCCCUUCUCCCAAAUGUAUGUAGUUCUGUACUUGAGCUGGUCUUGUUUUUUGAUUUGUGUCAUGUUUUGUGUGGACCCCAGGAAGAGUAGCUGCUACUUUUGCAACAGCUAAUGGGGAUCCUAAUAAAAUACCAAGAUUGCUCAGUUUGGCCGGGUGGCCAGCCCUAGGAAGAGUCUUGGUGGUUCCAAACUUUUUCCUUUUAAGAAUGAUGGUGGCCACUGUGUUCUUGAGGACCUUCAAUGAUGCAGAAAUGUUUUGGUAUCCUUCCCCAGAUCUGUGCCUCAACACAAUCCUGUCUCAGAGCUCUUCGGACAAUUCCUUUGACCUCAGGGCUUGGUUUUCACUCUGACAACUGUGGGACCUUAUAUAGACAGGUGUGUGCAUUUCCAAAUCAUGUCCAAUCAAUUUAAUUUACCACAGGUGGACUCCAAUCAAUUUGUAGAAACAUCUCAAGGAUGAUCAAUGGAAACAGGAUGCACCUGAAAGCAAUUUCAAGUCUCUUAGCAAAGGGUCUGAACACUUUAAGUAAAUACAUUUGCAAAUGGUUUGUCAUUAUGGGGUGUUAUGUGUAGAUUGAUGAGGGGAAUUUUUUUUUCAGAAUAAGGCUGUAAUGUAACAAAAUGUUGAAAGAGUGAAGGGGUCUGAAUACUUUACGAAUGCACUGUAUAUCGCUGGCAGAUUUUUCUACUGCUGGCAGUUUUGUACACAGUCAUGUGAUACGUGGUAUAGAAAAAUCCAAUCUUAGGAGAAUACAAGGGAGGCACUAUACUGUGUGUCUGCAGAUGUCUAUCUGGUCAAAACCACUGAUAAGGUGCCCCUCCACCCUCUGGUGGGAUGGAUCAUGUCUACAGAGAAACCUAAAUUCAAAUACUUAGAUUUGUAUGUAUUGGGUAUAUGUUGUGAAAUUGUUAGAUAUUACUUGUUAGAAAUUACUGCACUGUCGGAGCUAGAAAUGCAAGCAUUUCGCUACACCCGCAAUAAUAUCUGCAAAACAUGUGUAUGUGACCAAUAUAAUGUGAUUUUGAUUUGAAAUAAAUGUCCUAUUUAUCAAAGGUG